AUGGGCCACAACUCCAACGACGACUCCCGAAAGCAGCAGCUCGACCCGAACAGCCCCAACGUCCCCGACUACAGCCGAACGACGAAAAGCAAUCCUCACGACAACCGCCCAAGAAGCAGAAAGCGAAACGAAAACCACCCCGAAGAGUACCGACUGGAAGGCCUACGCAUCUACGGUACGCAGAAGUCGGCUGGCUAG